AUGGCAUCGCCUCCCUUCCCCGUCGAAGCAAUCACCCGCCUCCUCGCCGACCUGGCCUCCCGCCAUCGCCCCUCUCCCGGAGGCGGCCGCUCCGGGGACCCCGUCGCAGCCUCCGUCUCCUCCCUCGCCGCGGCCCUCAACCCCCAUGGCCGCGGCGUCUCCCCCUCCGGAACCAGGGUUCUCGACUCGGUGCUCUCCCUCAUGUGCUUCGACCCACUGGAGGUGGAUAGGGCUCGCGUCGACUGCCUGGUCCGCACCACCGUCUCCGCGCUCUCUGCGUCGAUAUCGUGUCGAGUGGAUCGUACCGAUGGCACCGAGAUGCUCAGCGUCGGGGGCUCCGUCGCUCCCGGCGAUUGCCGUGAGCUGGUACGCUCGUGCGCUGCCCUCCUGGAGAAAUUUGGGGAUUCUGAUGUCGCAGAACACUCCUAUGAACUAUUGUAUGCAGUUGUGAAAGCGGCACUGUUAUCCCCCCAUUAUCAGUCCCUCUUUCCUUUACUGUACUAUAGAGAUGAUGAAGGUAACACCAAUGAUACGGUGACCAUUUCUUCAGUGUUAGCAAGGCAUCCAACUUAUCAAGUGCUUCCUAGUGAUUACACAAUCCCCCUGAGGGUCCUUUUAUGGCAUAUGAGUCCAUCAAUUCUAAAACACGAACUUUCAGCUCUACUACAAGAAGCUGUUAGAAGGCCCUUGCUUUGUCUGAGAAAAGAAUUACAUGAUCGGAUGGCAUGGCGUGUGAUUGUAAUAUGCUUGGUUUGCUCACCACUUACUUUUAUGGAGACAAGAUCAUUAUUUCAUACUUGGUUUCUUAUGACGUAA